AUGCGCGCGGCGGUCGCGCGCGCGUUUGACGAGAUGCUGUCGCUGGCGGGCGCACUCACCGACGCGUGGACGGCUCUGCUUGGGCGCGCCAUCGAGACCCACCUCAGCCCUGCAGCCCUCUCGCUGCGCCUCGACCCGGCAGCCCUCGAGCGCGCGCUGACCGGGCUGCGCGGGCUCGCUGCGCACAGCGACAACCGCGCGCCUCUCUUGCGGCUCGGCGUGCUCAUGCCCCUCUGCCACCAGCUCAACUUUGCCAUCCACCCUGCCACCGGCGAGCCACUCUCGGACGCGCGCCAGCGCGCCGACGACGUCCUGCACACCCUCGAGCGCAUGGACCCCACCGACCCCGUCGACCGGUCGACGCGCCUCGACGUCCAACUCGCCCGGCACAGCUGCUGGCUCAAGUAUGGGGACUUUAAACAGCGCGAUCAGAACCUCAUUAUGAUGCGCGCCAUCUUCCGAAACCUGCGCCAGUACUCUGAGUCCCUGCCGGUCCUCCGGUUUCACCGCACCACCGACGCGAUUGAGGCUCUGCUCAUGACAGUUGCUGAGCCACCAAGCGUUGGCCUCCUCCACUCCCAGUACAUCCACUUGCGGAAAUCUGCGCUUCAGACUCUGGAGUGCGUCUGCAGCCUCAACAGCGAGCUUGCGGCGGCGGUCGCCUGCUUCGGCUGGCGGUCCAACGGCGUCGACCGCGUUGGGCGCUCUGUCCUUCUCGAGGCUGUCGCGCCUGCAAAUGGGGACGAGACAUGGAACACAUCCUUUGCCGCCGGCGCACUACGUGGGAUCGCAGCCUCCAGCUCCGACGAGGCGCGGUUCCUCGUCAAUCGCAGCGGUAUAGCCAUCUUCCUCACGAUGGCAUUUCGUCCCGGGCUUUCGGUCCGAAGCACCGAAAUUCGGAGAAAUUCGGCGCAAGUGCUCGCGGCGAUGGCUGCGGCGGUCCCGGCAAGCUUCAUCUCUUCGGUCGUGCUUGCGGGCGCCACGAGGAUCCGCACGGGCGCGGUCCAGCAUCUCGUCGAGCUCAUCAACCGCAACGAGCCGGGCGUGCACGCGGCGAUGCUAGGCUCGCAUUCCCAUAACUGGGCGGCCACGCCUCCGCCGAGCUGGGAAUCGGCGCUAGUCAUCUCGUCCGCCGCAGCCGAGGCGCUCUACCGCAUCGCAUCGGUCACCGACCCUCUCUACUCACGUGACUAUGGGUUUGCGAUCUUGAACGCGGGCGCGGCGGGCCCCCUCGCUCGACUGUUCAAAUAUCACGACGACGCCCGCGCCCGCGGCUUCGCGGUGGGGCUCCUCCACAUGCUCGGCUCGCUCGUUCCGGAUGGCGCGAUGGGCGCGGGCGAGUCGGGCGAGUACCGCCCCGCUCUGCCUCCGCGCCGUCUUGUGCUCUCCAAGAUCGUCCAGGAGGGCGUCAUCGCGAAUAUCGCGACUACCAUUCGCAAUGGCGACGUGGACGUGGGGGACGCUGCCGCUGCCGCCACUCUCGUUCGCGACGCGAUCAUCCAGGCCGCACACGAUCGCCAGUACAUCCGUGUCCGCUACCGGCCGGGCGCUAUCCAGACCUCGCGUAUGCCGUACACGGAGGCGCGCAUUGUGAACGUGCACCCGGACGGCUUCGUCGACGUGGCCUACUUGGUCCACAACACCGUCGGCGUUCACGUGGACUACAAGUUUGUGGCCCCCCCGCUCAGCAUCUGGCUGCCUUGCCUCCCCUUGCUCGCUGACGAGAGCGCGCUGCCCUCGGUCGUGCGCAUUCUCUAA